AUGACUGGUGAUGGAGCUUUAGUGGCUGAGUGGCAUGGGGGUGAGUUGGUAGGUGUUGGCAGGGAGCGGAGUGGGGAUGGCAGGGAGAGGAGUGGCGAUGGCGUGGGUAUGACGGUAGUGCAUGGGAGGACUAUGGUGGUGGAUGGAGAGGCGAUAGAGGUGAGUGGCGAGGCUAUGCAGGUAGAUGGUUACUGGGAGGAGACACAGGGUGGGCGUUUACUCAUUGCCCAGGAUGCUGAGAGGCCAAAGGAUUGGGAGGAAGAGCUGGGAGAGGAUGCCGGAGAGCGAACGGGAGAGCAAGCAGGAGAGGCAGCAGGGGUGGCCGUUCAGUCCACUGGAAAGCCUUAUGGUGGGCGUGUAUUGGCCGCUGAAAUGGAGGGUGGGUGGGGUGUGGAGAGAGAGUUGAGAGUGGAAGCAGCAGAGGUAUCAGGGGAGAUUGAAGGCGACCAAAUGUCCCCUGACGAUGCUGCAGUUCCCAUGGCCACGCCUGUGUAUGGAUCGAUGGGGGAAGAGCCCUGGGGGGAGGGGAACAGAGGUGACAGUGAAGGAAGUGAUAGUGACGAGGGCUCUGUUAUAGUGGCGGAUGUUGUGGAGAGUGGUGAAGGGGGAGGUUUGGCGUUUAGAGUCAGGGAGGACGGGAGGGAAGAGGGAUGGGAGGCAGAAUUGGUGGAUGAGGAGGACGGGGAGGAUGAGGAGGAGGAGGAAGAGGAGGAGGAUGAGGAGGAGGACGAGGAGGAGGCGAAGGAGGAAGAGGCAUAUAAUGCGGAGGAGGCAGAGUCAGGUGGUUGGGGUGUGGAUGUGGGGAUGGGGGAGGCAGUGGAGGAUGAGGAAGAGCAGGAUGAGGAGGACGAGGGGGGAGAAGAGGAGGCGGAGGAAGAAGAGGAGGUGGAGGAAAUGGAGGAGGAAGAAGAGGAGGAGGAGGAGGAGGAGGAGGAUGAGGCCUUCAGCCCAGCCACUGUAACAGCUGACGAGGCAGCUGCUGCCACGGCCGAUGAGGCGGUUACCGUCACGAGUGAUGUUCCGGUUCCUGUAACGGCCAAUAAGCUGGUCAUUGACUUGUCUGAUGAUGAUGAUGAUGAUGAUGAUGAUGAUGAUGAUGAUGAUGAUGAUGAUGAUGAUGAUGAUGAUGAUGAUGAUGAUGAUGAUGAUGAUGAUGAUGAUGAUGAUGAUGAUGAUGAUGAUGAUGAUGAUGAUGAUGAUGAUGAUGAUGAUGAUGAUGAUGAUGAUGAUGAUGAUGAUGAUGAUGAUGAUGAUGAUGAUGAUGAUGAUGAUGAUGAUGAUGAUGAUGAUGAUGAUGAGGUUAUGUUAGAGGAGCUCCAAGCAGAGUGUCUGGAGGAUGGGGGGACGGGGGGAAUUCCGAGCACAAGCAAGAGCGACACACUUAUGCAGGGCGAACGUGGCAGUAGUUUUGAUGGUGCUGCUCCUCACGCGUCCCCAGCCACGCUCCCUAUCAAUACUGCUGCCAGCAGCAGCGCCAUCAUCAGCAGCAAGAGUAGCAGCGGUAUGGCAGGGCUGCGAGCACGCUCCUUUGCUGCAGUGGGGACCGUCAGAAGCGGUCUCUCCUCAGCUGCCACUAAAGCAGCGGCUGGGAUCAGCUCAGGCGCGCGUAACGUCUCUGCGGUUACCAGCCUCCCCGGCGCUGCUGCUAGAAACGUGGCUGCUGCAGCAGGGGAGGUGGGGCAGGGGGCGAGGAGCCUUGCUGCCGUGGCAGCAGGAGGGGUGGCGACUGGUGCGGUGGCUGUUGCUGGGGGGAUCAAGGGAGGGGCGAGGAACGUUGCAGGGGGGAUUAAGGGGGGAGUGAGGACGGUGGCAGGGGGGGUGAGGGAUGGGUCUAUGACGGUUGCAGUAGGGGUGAAAGGAGGGGCUAUGACUGUUGCAGGAGGGGUGAAAGGAGGGGCUAUGACGAUUGCUGGAGGGUUGAAAGAGGGAGCCUUGACUGUGGCAGGGGGUGUGAAAGAGGGGGCUUUAACAGUGGCAGGGGGAGUGAAAGAGGGGGCUUUAACAGUGGCAGGGGGGGUGAAAGAGGGAGCAUUAACAGUGGCAGGGGGUGUGAGGGAGGGAGCACUAACAGUGGCAGGGGGAGUGAAAGAGGGAGCUUUAACAGUGGCAGGGGGAGUGAAAGAGGGAGCUUUAACAGUGGCAGGGGGUGUGAGCGGGGGUGCGCUGACAGUGGCAGGAGGGGCACAGAGCGUAGCAUUUGCAGCAGCGGGUGGAAUCAAGGAAGGCGCAAGGAGCGUAGCAGGCACAACAGCAGUGGGGGCGGCAGCGGUGGCAGCAGGAGGGCUCAAAGAGUUGGCAUCGGAGAUAAAGCACUUGGCAGAAGAGGUGGCAGCUGGGCACGCUGGUUCAGGCUCUGGUAGGAUGCAACGGGUGCAUAAUGUAGCAGACAGAGAGGAUAGAGAAGGCGAGGGGAGUGAGGAGGGUGAGGAGCGAAGGCUACAGAGUAUCCGCUUGGGUAAGAGCAGGAGCAGAGAUGGGGCCACCAGCGCCGUUCGAACCAGCCCUGGUUCCUUUACAGGCAGAUCCGUUACAAGGAGUAAGACUCACGACAGCCGAAUCAUCAGCAGCAACAGCAGCUCCAGCCCAUUGGUGCCUGCCGGCCUUGGUAGGAGAAGCAGGAGUGGGAAGGAGAGAGAUGCCCCCGGCGCCUUUGCAGAAGGUUCCUUUGAUGCAGACUCCUUCCUGGAAGGUUCCUUUGAUUCGGACUCCCAGCCAAGGUGGUCAUUCGAUGCAGCUUCCUUUCAUUCCAGCCCAGCCCAUACAGACCCUUUCAAUCCCGAAUUUUUCGCUAUGGAUUACUCAGGCGACCUUGGCACUAGUAGUGCUAGUAACAGAUCACUUCCUAGAGGGGAUACUACCAGCAGGGGAGAGGCGCUCCCGCGUAAGGAGCACAGAGGCAGCCUGUUGACUAGGAAAGGCGGCAGUGCUAGGAUGGUUAGAAGCGAAACUGCAACUCCGGCUCUGGCUGCACCGAAUCAAUCGCCCGUGUCCUCCUCCUCCUCUGCUGUAAAGCCAACCAUGCUCGCUCGGAGUGCCACUGCAGUGGUAACCACAAGCUCUGGUGGUGGACCUGAGGCAGGUUCUGUUUUUGCCACUCAACCGCACUCAACCGCUUGGUCUGUGGCUCAAGGGGACUGCACCGCAGCAGCAAUUAGGACGCUGCCUAGCAGCAAGACCACCAGCGGAGUGACUAGCCUCUCUGAUCUGUCUUGCGCUCCUGACUGCGUGCCUCUUUCUCCUGAGAGCACGCAUCUGUUGCUGUGGGAGGAGGAGGAGUGUGAGGAAGGAGGGGAGGGUAAGAGAGGGAUAAGAAGCUCCCACUCCCGCCGUUUACAUGCCUCCGGGCUUGCCAUUGCCGGGGCUGCUGCCGCAGCUGCGGCAGGGGUUCGGUCCAAAGCUAAGAACGUAGCUUCGGGAGCGAUGAAUGUGAGGCAGGGGAUCAAGGGAGGGGCGAGGAAUGUUGCGUCGGCAGCAGCAGCAGCUGCAUCUGGGAUAGGAUCGAGAGUGGAGAGUGUGGGUGGGAGUGGUGCAUUGCGCGGUGCGAGCGUGGGUAGCAGCUGCUGCAGGCAGGCCCCUAGGACAGAGACGUUUGGGCAUAAUGCAUCGUUUGUUGAGAGGUUUGCUGCUGGGUUGGAGGAGAGUGGGAUGGGUGUGGAGGGAGAGAGUGGUCGGGAUUUAGGGGGAGAGGAAUGGGAGGUUGGAAGUGGUGACGAGGGAUGGGAAGGGAUGGAAGUGGGGGAGGAGGAGGAUGAGGAGUGGGAGCUGCGGGGAGAGAGUGAAGAAGGGGAGACGGAGGGUGAGGAGUUGGAGGGCAAAGGAGGACGGCCGGAGGGGUUGCAGGGGCAGCACCAGGGGCAGCACAGGGGACGAAUGUCACGUGCAUUCUCCAGCAGUGCUGUUUCGGUGCUUGCCCGUCCUGGCACCAGUAUGAGGGAUGAGGAGGAGGAGGAGGUUAGUGCUGCGGGCAGUGCAGCCAUGCGACGCUCAGUCAGCAGCAGUAGCGGUAACACGGUAACCACUGGUCUUGCCGUAACCAGCAGCAGCAACAAUGCGGUACCCAAUAGUGCCGUGCGUCAGCGGAUGUUGCAACGGGCUAAGUCCGAGGGUAGGAACACUGCUGCUGCUGAUUUGGCUUCAUCCUCCUUAUUGCAUGCUUCACGUGCCGUCUCAGGUGCCGUCUCAGGUGCCGCGUCAGCAGCCUCCUCUCCCCUGCGCUCCUCUUUCACACUGCAUCCACGUGGCAGCUCUCCAGCAGCCUCUCUUCCACGUGGCAGCCUCUCAAUGGUGCACCGUUUUGUCUUUAUAGAUCCUCCAGCCAGCAGCAUUCGCCCUGUUGCCAUCACUGCCAGCAGCAGCAACCCCCAUUAUCCUCGUAUCCCUAGUAACCUAAGUCACUCCAGUAACUCUGUUUACCCCAGUAACUUCUGUAACCCUAGGGACCCUAAUAACCCCAACUACUUGAAGCAUAGUGACAGCGACAGGCGUGACCGAUUGUCUAUCAGAAGCAACUCAAGUCAGUUCCGUGAGAGCAAGACUUCCCAGCUCCUCCGCAAGAGCCAGAGCAGCGGUAGCAACAGCAGUGACUGGAGGCGUGAUGUCAGCACGCACGAGAAGGAGCAGAUUAGCACGAUUGAUUCUUCCACUUUUCACCGCUCCAAGUCCUCUGGAGCGUCACUGGAAAGUGCCACAGGUAGCUGGAAUUCCGCGUCUCAGCAGCAGACCCAGCAGAAGGAGCAGGAGGCGCAGGAGGCGCAGGAGCAGCAGAUGCAGCAGUCACAGCCAGUGAAGCCGAAACUGCAGAAGCUCAGCUCCCGCUCCAACCACCUCCCUCCUCGCUUCCCCUCGCCAGGUACCCCCUCAGAUGGCUCAGGUGAGCUUUCAGGUGCUUCUGCAGGUGAUUCGCCAGGUGGGUUUUCUCAGGUGCGUCCUCAGGUGCUUCCUCAGGUGUUCCAGUUCCUCUUUGAGCCGCACUUAUCACCGGAACCCUCGCUGCCUGCUCGUGCGAACCUGCUUCUGACGAAAUGUGCUGAGCUGUCAAGGGUUGAGCGGAGAGAGCUGUCAGUCAGAGCGCUUAUUCUGAGACCCGAGGGAGGGGAGAGAGUGCGAAAGGAGGAGAGGAAGGAGGGUGUGGAAGGGAGAGAGCGAGACGGGGAGGGGGGGGGGGAGAAGGGGGUUGAGGAGGGGAGGAUGGCGGAGGAGAACGAGUGUGGUGCAGAGGGGUGGGGAGCGGGAGAGGAUGGUGGUGUGGAGAGGGAGGGGAGUAAGCUGGGGUGGGAGAAGCUAGAGCAGCAGCUGGAGGCGCAGAGAGAGGAGGAGGAGAGGCGAGAGAGGUUAUUAGAGCAGCAGCGAGCAGAGGGCAGAGAUCAGGGAGAAGAGGGCAGAGAAGAGGGCAGAGAAGAGGGCAGAGAAGAGGGCAGAGAAGAGGGCAGAGAAGAGGGCAGAGAAGAGGGCAGAGAAGAGGGCAGAGAAGAGGGCAGAGAAGAGGGCAGAGAAGAGGGCAGAGAAGAGGGCAGAGAAGAGGGCAGAGAAGAGGGCAGAGAAGAGGGCAGAGAAGAGGGCAGAGAAGAGCGAGCAGAAAGCAGAGAGCAGAGUGAUGCUGUUGGUGGCGUCCAGGAUGUGGUUGGGGGCAGUGCAGGGCAGCGUGAUGAGGUGGAUGGGCGUGGUGCUGAGGGGUUGAAUCCGGUGGUGACGCCAGCCAGACCACGCAUGCUCUCCCGGCUAAAUGCCACUCGACGCCGGCCAUCUGAAGGCGCCAGUUUCGACGGCGUGGGGGGCGAGGAGGAGGAGGAGAGGAGGAAGGUGAGAAUACGCCAAGCCCUGGCAGCAGCAGCUGGGGAGAUUCGAUCCGGGGCUUUAAACGUGGCGUCGGCUGCAGCAGGGGGGAUUGCGAGUGGGGCUUUAACUGUGGCAGGGGGGAUCAAGGGAGGAGCGAUGAAUGUUAAGGAGGGGUUGAAGGGAGGGGCGUUGAAUGUUAGGGAAGGAAUUAAGGAAGGGGCGCUGAAUGUUAGAGACGGGAUUAAGGAAGGGGCAUUGAAUGUUAAGGAGGGAAUUAAGGGAGGUGCAAUUAAUGUGAAAGAAGGGAUAAAGGGAGGGGCGAUGAAUGUUAAGGAAGGAUUUAUGGAAGGGGCAUUGAAUGUGAGGGAGGGGAUAAAGGAAAAGGCGUUGAAUGUGAAGGAGGGGAUCAGGGGAGGGGCAAGGAACGUUGCAUCUGUGGCUGUGGCAGCGGCGGCAGCAGCAGCAUCUGGGAUAGCUCAUGGUGAGUCUAGAAGAACCCACAGCAUGGGUCAGUUACCUCGACGUGCGACUAAGAGCGGUGAUGAUUCCAACUGGGGGUGGGACGUAGAGGGAGGGGAGAGAGGAGGGGCAGGAGGAGAGGGAGUGGGGGGAGGUGGAGAAGGAGGAGAAGGGGGAGGAGAAGGGGGAGGAGGAGGAGGAGGAAACAGGUUUUUGCAGACGCUAGGGGAGGUGGGAUCUGGCUCUGGGGCGGUUGAGAGCCUGGGGAGGUCUUUUCCAGGGGAGGAGGAGAUUGGUGCUGCUGGGUCUGCAAAGCUCGUACGGAGAUACGACGAUGAUUGUGAGGAUGAGAGUGGGAGUGAGAAUAACGAAUAUGGUAAUAACGAGGAUGGCAACAACGAGGAUGGUAAUAACGAGGCGCUCUGGUGGGGGGACUACGAUGAAGAGGAAGAGCUGAUGCUUGAUGAUUCAGGUGAAAGUUCAGGUGAAACUUCAGGUGAAUGUUCACGGAACCCACUUGUGCUUGGUGGUUCGGAGGAAGGAGAGUCUUUGAGUGGACGAGUGGUAAAGGGAGGAGCAUUGGAAGAGAGAAACGUUUUGUAUGGAGGAGGAAGAAAAGAGGGAGAAGUGUCAGGGAAGGGAUUGGAAGGGGGAGGAGGACAGGGAAGAGUGGUUGCAGGAUGGGGUGCUUUGAAGAAGCUAGACAGCAGGAGGCGAGAUCGACGGUCAAGGUCAUCGUUUGGUUCCGAUCUACCGUCUGUGGAUGAAGAGAUGGAGGUGGAGAGGGGUUUGAGUGACGAGGGGAUGGAUAGGGAGGAGGGGGGAGAGAGCGGGGAGGGGAGAGAGGGGGAGGAAAGAAGAGAGUGGGGGGAGGGGAGAGGGGUGGAAGAAAGGGGAGAGGUGGAGGAGAGAGAGGAGGAGGGGAGAGAGGUGGAGAAAGGGGGAGAGGUGGAUGAGAGAGAGGAGGGAAGCGAGGGAGGGGAGAGAGAUGUGGAGGAGGGGAGAGGAGAGGGGGAGGGGAGUGAGGGGGAGGAGGGGAGAGAGGUGGAAGAGGGGAGAUUUGUGGAGGAGGGGAGAGAGAGGGAGGAGGGGAGCGAGGCGGAGGAAGGAGGAGUGGUUGAAGAGAAUACAGGGAUGAAGGAAGCAGAGGUGGAGGGAAUGGGGAGUGACGGGGAGGAGGAGGAGAGUGAGGCAGGGGAGGGAAGCUGCGUUGGGGAUGCGUUAACGGGGCAGGAAGCGAGAGGGUGGAGAGGAAAGGGAGAAAGGGAGGAAAAGGAGAAAGAAGAGGAAUGGGAGAGGGAGGAGGAGGCAGGAGGAGAGGCUGGGGUGGAAGCAGUGAUGAAGGAAGGAGAUGAGGAGGGGAUGGGGAGUGAAGGGGAGGAGGAAGGGACAAGGAGUGAAGAAGAGGAGACUAGAGGUGAAGGGGAGGAGGAGGAGGAGGAGGAGGAGGAGAAAGAGGCGGAGGAGGAAAGCUGCAUUGGGGAGGUGAAAAUGGUCCAGGAAGCAAGAGAGGUAGAGGAGGGCGUAGAGGUGGAUGAGUUGAGAGAGGUGGGAGGGGACAGAGAGGUGGAGGAACGAGGAGAGGCAAUGGAGCAAACAGGGGUGAAGGGAGGAAAGGCUGAAGAAGGUGAGCGUGAAAGGGUGGAGGGGGAGAGAGAGGAGAAAGAAGAGAAAGAGGAAAAAGAGGAGAAAGAGGAGAAAAGUAGUCACGAUCGGGAAGUGGGAUUGGGGGAGGAAGGAGGAGAGAGUCCAGAGGGUACAAAGAUUGGGGGGGGGCAAGAGGAGGGGGAGGAGGAGGAGAGUGAGGUGGAGAACAGACAAGUGGGAUUGGGGGAGGAAGGAGGAGAGAGUCCUGAGGGUACACAGGAGUCCCGGGAUGGGGAGGCGAGUGGGGAUGAUGUGGUGAAGAGCGGAUGGGUGAGGAGAAGCAAGAGUAGAUUGAAGAGGGGAGAAGCGGAAGAGGGUGAGGAGAGGCAGGAGGCAGCAGGGGACAGUGAGGGAGGAAGUAAGGUCAGAAAGAGUUCGAAAAAGGGGAGUAAAACCCGUAGCAAGGAGGAUCAACAGGGGCAGCAGCAGCAGCGGGAGGAGCAGGAGGAAGAGAAGGAGAAAGAGGAGAAGGAGAAGGAGAAGGAGCAGCAGCAGCAGCAGCAGCAAGGAGCAGGCGCAGCAGGAGCAGCCACCGCAGGAGCUGCUACCAAGCGUGACCAUCCGCCAUGUGCUGCCUACAGGAGAGCUCGCAACCACUCCCCAGCGCCUCUCCAUCCCUGCUGCGCCCCUCUCCCCCUCCACUCUCACCAUCAGCCCCACCAGCGGCACCAGCACCCCUCACAGCAACGCCUCCUCUCCCGCCUCCCCUGCUGGUUCCUUCAGCUUCGCCCUGCUCUCCCCUGCCACUCCUAA